ACGCGCCGGAGCGUCACGUGGCGCGGCGAGGAUCAGCUGAUCGAGAUCACUUCCUCGCUGGGGUUCGCGAUGUUUUGACGGAGUCCUGCUGCAAAUAUCGCUGCUGGGUCGUGCUUCAUGUAAAUACGGUCACAUUUGAAGCUCUGGGCGUUUGGCUUCUGUCACCUUCUCUUCAUGAAUACCUCAGACAGUGAAGAGGACUCUUACAACGAGAGGUCCGCUCUGGUCCAGUCCGAAAGCCCAACCAUCCCCUCGUACAACCAAGAUCAUGAUAUGUCUCUGCCCCAGGAAACAGACACCAAACGGCGGCGGCCAGUCAGCUCAGUUUUGGACGAGCCAGGGCCUGUGGAGCAAGAGCGAGCAUCUACUCCUGACGGAGAGGAAGAGGAGCUGACCCUCAAAUACGGCGCUAAGCACGUCAUCAUGCUCUUCAUCCCCGUCACGCUCUGCAUGGUGGUGGUGGUGGCAACAAUCAAGUCUGUCAGUUUCUACACGGAGAAGAGCUCACAACGGCUCAUCUACACUCCGUUCGAAGAGGAUCCGAACUCUGUCGGUCAGAGGCUCUUGAAUUCGUUCCUCAACACCAUCGUCAUGAUCAGUGUGAUUGUGGUCAUGACGAUAAUACUGGUGGUGCUUUAUAAAUAUCGCUGCUAUAAAUUCAUUCACGGCUGGCUGAUUCUGUCUUCACUGAUGUUGCUCUUCUGGUUCAGCUUCAUGUAUCUGGGCGAGGUGUUCAAGACAUAUAACGUGGCUAUGGACUACCCAACGUUAGUGAUGAUCGUCUGGAAUUUCGGCGUCGUGGGAAUGAUCUGCAUCCACUGGAAAGGGCCGCUGCGGCUGCAGCAGGCGUACCUCAUUGUCAUCAGCGCCCUCAUGGCCCUCAUCUUCAUCAAAUACCUGCCCGAAUGGUCAGCAUGGGUCAUACUGGGAGCCAUCUCGGUAUAUGAUCUGAUAGCGGUGCUUUGUCCGAAAGGCCCGUUGAGGAUGCUGGUUGAGACGGCGCAAGAAAGAAACGAACCAAUUUUCCCUGCGCUCAUAUAUUCAUCUGCCAUGGUUUGGAUGGUUGGCAUGGCUGAUUCUAGUAAUCCAGAUUCCGCUGAUGAAAGGCAGCGAAAUGAGGGCGGAGCCCGGGCACAGGAAGGGGUGGAGUCAGAAGAUGACGUGGCUCAGGGAGGGAGGCGGCAGUAUUCAGCAGAAGAGGACCUUGAGGAAGACCGAGGGGUGAAGCUGGGUCUUGGUGAUUUCAUCUUCUACAGUGUCCUGGUGGGAAAGGCGGCCGCCACCGGAGGAGACUGGAACACCACACUGGCUUGUUUCGUGGCCAUUCUCAUUGGACUGUGCCUGACGCUCCUCCUGCUGGCCAUUUUCAAGAAGGCUCUGCCGGCUUUGCCCAUCUCCAUCACCUUCGGCCUGGUCUUCUACUUCUCCACAGACAAUCUGGUACGGCCCUUCAUGGACAGCCUGGCAGCCCACCAAUACUACAUCUGACAGAAACCCACUGACACAUGAAGGACUUUAUCAGACCACAGUCAUUACGUUUCAAUGAGAUUCAAACGUUUUUAGUUCUUAUGAAUCCAAGCAGGUUUCUGAUCUUUCUGAGAUGCUCUAGGUGAGUGAGUGAGUGAGUGAAGGUGUAAAAUGUAUCAAAACAAGCAAACCGAUUUCAGUUCUGAGUUGGCAUUUUGGUUUUUAUUCAGAAGCUGCACAUCAGCUCUUUAGAAUAUACAGUAGUUUUACUAUUUUUUUGUACUUACUGAGAAGUGUCAGUGAAGGGUCUUUUUUCAUAAAUAAUGACUUAUAAAGUGAAGAACAGAGUGCUGCUAGAUUCAGUGGCGAGACAGAAGCCUGUGUAUGUGGCCUACAUACAGCAGUGUGAGCGCUGUAGGCUUGCCAGUGGUUACAGCAUAAUAAACUAAUCACACAAAUAGAGUUUUUCCUGCAUACUUUCAUUUUAGAAUCACUAAUAUUGUGGAAGGCCUAUGAAAGUGUGUAACGUAGGUUUAUCAGGAUGUGAUCCUAAAUCAACAUAUUUGUUUGACCUACAUAGGGCUGGGUGAUGCAUCUUAAUAUUCACAAUAAUUUUGCAGAUUUUUAUGUAAUUUACAUUACAUUUCACAAUGUUGCAUUUUAGUUGCAGAACACUGUUCUAAAACAACCUAGAAACCAAACCUAAAAUUAAACAUGUUAACAUUUUAUGGAUGGCUAAAACUGAACACUUACCAAACUGUAAUCUCGAGAAGUUUUUAAGAUUGUAUUUACAAAGACAUAAAUGUUUUAUACAACAGAAAUAAAAUGUUUUGAAAAUGGUAGGUUCUCUAGAAGUAGCCUCAAAAACACCAGUGUAACAUUUUAUUACGAAUACAAAACCAGACCAAACUGCAGAACGUUUUGAUAAGUUUUAGUGAAAAUACGAGUGCUGUGACGAAAGAGUAUGAAAGUGUUCGUGCAGAGAUGUUUUAAUAGUCUCUCUCAAAAUAUAACAUUUUUAUGUUAUGUUUUAUUAAAAAUGUUAGUAACUUUAUAAUAAUGCGUUAAAUAACAAUGAGCAAUACAUGUGGUGUAGUAUUCAUCUGUGUAAUCGUUAAUGAAUAAAAAUACAGUGUUAGUUCUUGUUAGCUCAGGUCCAUUAAUUAAUAUGAAGAGGCAACUUUUGAUUUUAAUAAUGUAUCAGUAAAUGUUUAAAUUAACAUUAGCUAAUAUUACUAAAUGCUUUAGAAGUCUUUUUCAUUUUUAGUUCAUGUUAACUAAUCGUAUUGUAAAGUGUUACCCAAAUACAUAAAUCCCAAGAUAUAAAAAGAAUAAUGUCAAAUGGCUAUAAAAUAUAAUAAAACAAAUGAAUGAUAUAUUUAAUAUUUCCUAAGCUGCAUCACCCAGCCCUAAUCCUGGAACAACAUAGCAAAAUCAAAAUUGUCACUGAUGCAAUUUUUGUGUUUGAAGAUUUGAAUUGAAACGCACAUUUGCAAGUAUCAGUUUACGAAUUUGACCAAGUCUUUGGUUUACAUUUGAUCUACUAACUCUUGCUGACAAUGUCACAGGCACUGUUAAAUUUUAAAAUAAGUACACUGGGACCGUAUAUCUAGGAUUUCUUCUAGACCCAUAUCAGGUAUGCCAGCUCUUAGAAGUUGUUGGUGCCUUGCUUUGUUGUUUUUCUGUGCCAUCGAAACUGCACACGAGAACUAGUGCACUGGAGGUGCAAUACAUUACAGAGACACAAGGACAGAAACUGAAUUCUUUCACUCUAGUUUACCGAGUUUCAGGUCAAUAACAAUGUAUUUAUGUUGCUUUUCCACAGCAUUUUCAGUUUAACAUCAUAUUCAAUGUAAAAAGGCAUCUAUAAUCUUAGUAUGAAUUUUCUUGAACUAAUUGAAAACGUGUUGGUCGUAUAUAGCACUGAGAGUCAUUCUCUGUUAGAUGAUGGGCUCUCGGCUUUAUAAAUGUUCCUUUUUUAUCAGCUGUUACCUGAAUAGAAACAAACCAUUGCUAUCACACGUUUUUAUACUGCUUUAUGAAUAUAGAGACCUUUCAUGGACAUGGUGAUUGCGGCUGCUUGAGAAACAGAUGUGCUUUGAGCGGUUUAGGAAUAUUUUGCAUAUGCUGUGAGAGCGUUUAAUCUUUAUACUGAAGAAAGAAAUUAUAUUUACUACAGAUUAAAAUUUGAAUUGUUUUUAUAUGUUCACAGUUAAAAGGAAUUGUUUUCCUCUCUCGAUUUUGUUUGUUAUUGUCAUGCACAAUGCUUGGUGUCGUGUAAUAAUAAAAUAUCAAGCAAAUAAAUGGGAAUGAAGGAUUGUUCCUGAGCUGGAUUUUUGUAUAUGCCAAGCCAAUUUAGUGUAAAUUUUAGCUGCCUUAUCAAAUAA